CCUCAGAACGCGAGCGGCGCAGCGGCAGGAGCAUCAGUGAGAGUGCUGUGGUUCAACCAUGGUAGCCAUGACCAAGAGGCUCAAGACCUUCCAGAUCGUGCUGGCCGACCCCACCAAGACCUUCUACUGCGGGGGGGACGUGGUGUCCGGCCGCAUCGAGGUGGAGGUGAACGAGAUGACCCGGGUGGCGGCGCUGCGCCUGCUGGGUCGCGGCUGCGCCAAGGUGGAGUACGCCAAGGGGAAGCAGCGCUGCCGGCAGGAGGCCGAGUACCUCCGGAUAGACGAGGUGCUGCAGCUCCGGGACCAGCCCGCAGACUCCGAUGGUUCGGUCAUCCUGAGGCCCGGGAACAAGUACGAGUACACGUUUGGAUUCGAGCUCCCUCAGCAGGGGCAGCUGGUGUCUUCAUACAAGGGGAAGUUCGGGUACGUUCACUACUACGUCAAGGCGCAGAUGGAGCGGCCUCAUCAGCCCACUCUGGAGUGCAAGAAGUCCUUCGAGGUGGAGGAGCCUCUGGAUGUGAACACCCCCGACCUGCUGUCUCCCACAGGAGGCAUGAAGGAGAAGAAGGUCACCUGCAUGUUCAUCCCCGACGGCCAGGUGUCCCUGAACGCCAAGAUCGACCGGCGCGGCUUCUGCGAGGGCGAGGACAUCUACAUCAACGCCAAGUUCGAGAACACGUGCUCGCGCAUCGUGGUGCCCAAGGCGGCCAUCAUCGCCAAGCACAGCUACCAGGCCAACGGGCGCACCAAGCUGUUCCGCCAGAAGCUGUCGUCGGUGCGCGGGAACCACAUCAUCUCCGGCAUGUGCGACGCCUGGCAGGGGAAGACCAUCCGCGUGCCCAAGAUCAAGCCGUCCAUGCUGGGCUGCAACAUGAUCCGCGUGGAGUACGCCCUGAUGAUCUACGUCCACAUCCCCGGCAGCGAGAAGCUGAUCCUGGAGCUGCCGCUGGUCAUCGGCACGGCCGGCCUGGGCAGCCGCAGCAACAGCGUGAGCAGCCAGGAGGGCUCGGUGAGCAACGCGUCGCAGAGCUGGGUGUCGCUCCGCAUGCCGUCCGAGCCGCCCAGCUACUGCGACAUCUCCCGGGACUGCCGGCUGGACCAGCCGCUCACCCCGCUGCUGGACGACUGCGACGCCGACGACAGCCCCAUCUUCAUGACGGCGCCCGCCUUCCAGUUCCCGCCGCCGCCGGCGUACUCCGAGGCGGAGGAGGAGUACAACGGGAACGCCCGCAUGCUGCCGGUGUGCUGAAGCCGGAGCGCCGAGGAUCCGUCUCCAGGACCAUUCUUCUGAAGCACUAGAGACUUAACGGAGGGAGGCUGCAGUUCCUCCCGGAGCGCCAUGGGUGGCGCUACGUUUCUCAAUGAGCUGUUCUUCCAGAGGCCGGUGGAGGCCUGGCUGUCCGCCCCGCCCCCCUCCUCCUCCCGGUUCAGGGACCAGGCCCGUCCGAGCCGCCGCCGCCGCCGUCACGCCUUCGCUUCUGUCCGCUGGUGGCUGGCUGUCCUUCCCGCGCCGAGUCAUUCCGAACCGGUCCCGGUGGGUUCUGUAAGAACCGGCGAGGAACACCGAAGCAUGUAGAACCGUCUUCCUAGUUGAUUCCUUUUGUUUUUUGCACUUUUGCUUUGAUUCUGCCUACGACGACGUUUGUGGACUUUCCUGUAGGCGGGAGCGCUGGAGCACUCCAGACGGGGGGCUGUGAGGUUCUGGAGGGGCCGGCUGUGUUUGUGCCUGACUUCUGGUGUUUGAGUUUUAGUUGUCCCAGACAACAUUUCACUGAGCUCUGUCCAACGCGUUUUUAAGGCACUCAGAAAAUCACUGUUUAUGACUGAUUGUGUUUGUAAAGCCUCUUUGAUACUGACGAGUAUUUUUGUAUGAAACCCUGUGGGUUAUUUUUUCUAAUAAACACUUUAAAACAGCA